AUGUUUAUCCUCCGAAAAAACCCAAAAGAGAUCUUGAGGACACCUAAUGCUUCCUUCUUCUACAUCACCUCCCGUUGCCUCUGCAGCACCACCGAUACUGAUGAGAAAGCUAAACUAGAAUUUACAGACCCGGAUAAACCCACAUCAGCUCACUACGACCAACUCGUCAACAUCGCCGGUCAUUCGAGAGACUUCACCACCCUCCACUAUCUUCUCAACAAACGCACCAAGGACGGAUGCUUCAACACCACCAAUACCUUCAAAUUCAUCACCGGCGCCGAGGACGACCUCUCUGACCUGAUACAGACCCUAAGUCGUCUUGACAAAGGCUUCGCCCGCAAGAGCGCCUUCGAUGCCCUAAUCGCUCGUUUCUGCAAAUUGGACCAGACAGAAAGAUCCCUUCGUCUCAUUGAUACAAUGAUUCGGGGCGAACACGGCAUCAACGCCUGCACCUUCCACCCCAUUCUCAACGCUUUGACAAGAAAGAAGAGCAUGGAGGAGGCCCGGUGCGUAUUAGCACUGAUGAAAGACAAUGGAAUCACCCCGGACGUUACCUCUUACAACUACAUACUGACCGCCUAUUGCGUCGCCGGGGAUUUAGAAGCUGCGGCCGGAGUCCUGAGAGAGAUUCUGGAAGAAGGGUUGGAAGUGGACCCGAGAACGUACGACGCGAUGGUAUUGGGAGCAUGUAAGGCAGGGAGGGUGGAAGGAGCAUUGGCGCUGUUGAGGAGGAUGGUGGAUGACGGUGUUCCUGCGCUGUAUUCUACGCAUGCGCAUGUCAUUAAUUGGUUGAUGAAAUUGGGUUGCUUUGGACAGGCGGUGGAGUUGGUGUUGAGUUAUGGGGGAAUAGAUAAGGGGUUGGACACGGAGAACUUUGGAUUCCUGGGUAGAUGUUUGAUGAGGGCGAGAAGGUUUAAGGAAGCCAAAUUGGUGCUGGGGGAGAUGGACAAGAGGGGUUUAGUGAUGGGGCAAAAGUUAAGAACAGAUUAUGCGGAAUUGCUACAGAAGCCCAUCAAAGUCACCAAAUGA